AUGUCAUUGCUGAAUCAAGAUGAGGAGUGCUGUACAGUGGAAUUGAUUGAUUUCUCCAGUUGUUGCAAUAGUGACUCAUAUCAAGAUCCAAUGAUCGGAAUGUUGAAACAAAAACUUAGAUCACCAAAGCGAAUCGCCUUCUCCAACAAAUUUGAAGAAUUCAAAAGUAUUGAAUUUGAUGAUGAUGUGUAUGAUGUUAGGAUUUCUAGAUCCUGCUCAUUGAUAGUUGUUGUUAAGAGUAACUGUUUUGUUUUUAUUGAUUAUGAAACAUUGGAAAUCAAGCAACAAGUAGAAACUGCAUGCAUAUAUUUCGAACUUGAGGAAGAUUAUGAUAAUUGUGGAAAUGAUGCCUUGUUGAUGAAUCAUAAUAGGAUUAUUUCGAAAUAUGAUUUGAAACAAUUUAUAAUUACAGAAGGGAGUUGUCAACCCAUUUGGACCUAUCGUACUGAGACAGAUAUAACUAUUACUAGCAAACCAAUUAAUGCUAUGAUUUUGGAUGGAAAAAAAGUUGUGAUCUUUAAUGAGGAUAAUUGUAUGACUUUUCUUGAUGCCAAGACAGGAACAAAGCUAAUGGAGUACACAAUCAAAUUGGAGAGCUCUGUUUCUGGAUGCUUUGAACCUGAUCGUAGGAAACCAAAUACUCUGUAUCUCUUCAUGAAGGAAAUGAUGAAAUUUGAAUAUGAGAAUGGGAAUUGGAAAUGUACCUCAUUUGCUACCGGUCAUAGUAAUAUUGAUGGAUUAGGCAUGGAUAGAGUAUCUGGUAUUCUUUAUUUUAGUGGAUAUUGUGAGAGCAAAUGGAGCAUUUCUGCAUAUACAACUUGUGGAACUUUUAUUGGAACACAUUCUGUCACUUGCUCUGGUUUUUACAUUGACGAGAGAACAGGGUUAAUGUACAUGGCAGAAACGGGCAAGAUUUCAAUUGUGAAAUAA